AAUCUUUCAUUCAAACCAUCCUCAACCCCAGGAUGUGGGUGCUCACAUUACACCAUGAUUCCCUAGUUAAUCAUGCCCUGCAUUUCUUGGGUUCUCGUAAAAAUGCCAUAAAGCAAACAUAACCGAAACAUAACCAAACAUAACCGAAACAUAACCAAACAUAACAGAAACAUAACCAAACAUAACCAAACAUAACGCAAACAGCGUCAUUAAUUAGUGCGCACAAUUAAUGUGACCAGCCAAUAGAAGAGGUGCAGAAUAUGGACCAGCCAAUGGAAGAGGCGCAGAAUAUGGACCAGCCAAUGGAAGAGGCUCAGAAUAUGGACCAGCCAAUGGAAGAGGUACAGAAUAUGGACCAGCCAAUGGAAGAGGUGCAGAAUAUGGACCAGCCAAUUGGAAGAGGUGCAGAAUAUGAACCAGCCAAUGGUUGGACUUGGACAAUAUGGACUUUCGAUUCUACAGAGGGAAUGGGAGGUCAUAUAAAACGUUUAACAUUGAAAAGGCAGCUGUUCUCUCCACAGCUCCCCCAAUCUGUCUUACAUCACCUCGGUCCGCACGGUGCAUGUUGUUGUUGCUCUCCUCUUCACCAUCUGUUUUGGUCUCACAUGCUAAGGGCUCAUUGGCUAUUGGCAGUAGUCCGUUGCCCAAUUGCGUCGUAGCACUGCUCAUACUACAAGAUGUACGACAAAAAUGUCUGACAUGUCAGAAAUGUAUAAGGUAAUCCGACAGGGGUCUUGAGAACGGAACAGUCAUCAUUGGUGCGUCUUUGACCUGUUCAAACUACGCCAGUCGCGACGUAUACUGACCCUAGCCCAAGUUCACAGGAUUUCACCCCGAUCAUUCAAAUUAAUCUGAGAUGGAAAAAAAACAUGUCGAAUUCGUAGCGAAGUAGUGGAGUGUACACCCUGCAUAAAUCCACUGGAUUGAAUCCUGUUUAUUUCCUCACCUGACCAGGAAAAGCUGACCAGGAAAACAAAAAAUACAACCUCAUCUUAUAGGCCAAUAUCACUACCUAACAGAGAUAUCAAGUUUAGCAUGAUUACUCUACAGAGCUGUCGGUGGUUGUGGUAAUACAAAUAUGAUAUUAUGCUACGGUAUUAUCUUCUCUCUAUAUAGCGUAUAAAUAUUAUCAAUGACACGUUAAAAUUUGUAACAAAACUUUAAGUUAAUUGCAUGUUGUUUCAAAUGAUGCAUGAUCUGACAGGAACUUAACUUGUUGUUCUCGUCUGUAGCUGGUCUAGCCUACUCUAACCUGGUGUAUAAAUGGUCUCUCUGUCUCGUCUGUAGCUGGUCUGGCCUACUCUAACCUGGUGUAUGACUGGUCUCUCUGUCUAGUCUGUAGCUGGUCUGGCUUACUCUAACCUGGUGUAUGACUGGUCUCUCUGUCUCAUCUGUAGCUGGCCUGGCCUACUCUAACAUGGUGUAUGACUGGUCUCUCUGUCUCGUCUGUAGCUGGCCUGGCCUACUCUAACCUGGUGUACGACUGGGUGAAGGCAGCGGUGAUGUUUGGGGUGAUCAACACUGUGGCCAGACUGGAUCAUCUGGAUCCUCCUCAGCCUCCUAAGUGUAUCACCAUGCUCUACGUGUUCGCUGAGACGCACUUUGACAGAGGCAUCAAUGACUGGCUGUGCAAGUAUGUUUACGAUUACAUUGGAGGAAGCCACAAACAUAUCUUCAAGGAGCUUGUGGCGACCAUCUGUACGUUCGUUGUGACCACUUUGUGGCUGGGUCCAUGUGAGCUGGUCUACAUCUGGUCGUUCUUCAACUGCUUUGGUCUCAACCUGGAGCUCUGGGUGGACAAGAUCUUCUCCUUACCUCCCUUCUCCAACAUCGAGUAUGCCAUAGGUGAGGCCAUGUCUCGUAGAAUCAGAGCCAUCUUCGGGGCCAUCAACUUCUGGACUAUCGUCCUCUACAACGUCCUGGCUCUCAACAGUCUGGAGUUUGCUAAGCUGGUGGGAAAAAGGCUGAUCGUCCAAGGUUUCCCUCUGUCCACCCUGUCUGUGCUGUUUGUGACCUACUGUGGUGUUCAGCUGGUGAAGGAGAGGGAGAGAAAACAAGCCUUUUUGGAUGACCCCGAGCCAGCGGCCGUGCCCCAAGACAUGCCUGAGGAGGUCGGAAAAAUGAAAGCUGAGUAAACGCAUAAACAAGGAGAAAACUUAAUUUUGUUUUUUGAGGACCUGGUUUUCACAUCAACAGUCAACAACC